AUGGCCGAAGGUGUCGUUUCAAUAGUGCUCGAAGGGCUCUGCAAUCCUAUCAUUCAGGAAUUGAAAUCCGUGAAAUCCGUGGGUGGUAAGGUUCAUAGUGCACAAACCCAGCUACAAAUCAUGCAAGGCUACUUGAAAGAUGCAGAUGCAAGACAAGGACGCAAUGAAGCAAUACGCAUUUGGGUGGCAAGUGUCAGAGAUGCUGCUUAUGAUCUUGAGGACGUCAUUGAAACGUAUGUCUUAAAAGUGGCUUUCAAGAGGAAACCAAAUGUUUUAACAAGGUUUACUGGCAUCUUCAUAAAAGGAGUUAAUCUUCAUCGGAUUGGCUCAGACAUUGAGAAAAUUACAACCGAAAUUUCACAGCUGAGUUCGAUUAUGCCAAGUUUUAACCUACACCAAGCAAGGGAGAGUGGGGGUAACACUUCUUUUCAGAGGCAACAGGAACGGAGGAUAUCUUAUCCUCAUAUUGUCGACCCUAUGGUUGAAAACCACCUCUUUCCAAUUUUUUAA